AUGCAGGUAUUAACUUCUGAUAAAAUCGGCUUAGUAAAAUAUGUCCAAUGUAAAAGAAAAAGUUCAAUUUAUGAACAAGCCAUGGACCCUCAUUUGAAUAAAAUGAUUAAUGGAAUGACAUGGUCUGGUGGAUAUGGGGGAUAUGAAGAAACUGAAAUAACUUUAUGGAGAAAAAAUGGGCUGGUGGAAAGUUUCGAGAUUAACAAUAAUGAAGAUGAUUUUCACAUUAGCAAUGUGCCUUCCUUAUCUUUUAUAAGUUGUGAUAAUUGCAUCUAUGGAAAAAUGUUAAAUCACCAUCAUAAUAUAAUUUAUGAAGAUAUAUUUAAUAAAAAUAAAAAAAUAUAUAAAAAUUAUCCCAAUUUUAUGCCCACAUAUAAUACUGAAACAACCAAAAAUGGAAUAUAUAAAAAUUAUUUACAAAAUAGUAGAAUUUUAGUUACAGUUAAUAAUACUGGACAUAUUAAUCUUUUGAAUUGGGAUCAAACUUAUGAUAAUUGUAAAUAUUUAUUAGAAAAAGAAGAUGAAAUAAAAUAUAAUAAUGAUAUGAAAAAAAAAAUUAAUGUGUAUUUUAAAAAUUAUAAACAAAAUGUAUUAAACAAUAUCGAAUUUAAACAAAUUGAUGAUAAAAACCAAAAUAAAAUAACAAUCAAAAAUAAUCAAUAUCAAAAUAUUCAUAUUGAAGAUAUAUGUAAAACAUAUCAUUAUAAUAAUAUGAUAUCAAAAGAAAAUAUUUUACAAUCAUAUAUUUUAGCGACCCCAAUAGAUGCUGCUACAACAAACGAAAUAUUAACUAAUAGAUUAGCUAUUGGUGGAUAUAAAAAUAAUUUAAAAAUAUUUGAUUUAUUUACUGGUACGUAUCUUUGGAAAUCUAAACCAUUAGGUCCCACAUUAUUAAAUGUUAAUUGUGAAGCCCUUAUCAAAUCUAUAACUUAUUUAAAUAAAAUUAAUGUUAAUAUAUUAGCAUGUUCUACAUAUGACCAUAAAAUUAUACUUUAUGAUAUUAGAUGUCAAAAUAAGCCUGUUUAUGUAUAUGAUCAUUAUAAAACAAAAAAUGUUAAUCAAAAUAAAUAUAACUAUUUUGAUCAUAAUUAUUCAGAAAGUGAUCUUGUUUUUACAUCUAUAUGCACUGAAUCACAUAUAACUAUUGAUCACACGAGUCAAUCAAAACUAGAACCCAUAAAUACAUCUGGAUUAACAAACGAAUUAGAAAAUUCUAAUCCCAAUGCAACUGACAGUGUUUCACCACCUAUUCUGGAAAAAACACAAAAUACCAAUAAUCAUGAAAAUUGCCAAAAUGGUGAAAAUUGCCAAAAUGGUGAAAAUUGCCAAAAUGGUGAAAAUUGCCAAAAUGGUGAAAAUUGCCAAAAUGGUGAAAAUUGCCAAAAUGGUGAAAAUUGCCAAAAUGGUGAAAAUUGCCAAAAUGGUGAAAAUUGCCAAAAUGGUGAAAAUUGCCAAAAUGGUGAAAAUUGCCAAAAUGGUGAAAAUUGCCAAAAUGGUGCAUAUACAAAAUUUACAACAAACGAUAUCAAAUUGGCUAAUAUUAAAGCUUGUGAUAAUAUGAAUCACGAAAAACAAAAUGAAAAAGAAAAUAUUCAAAUCAACAAUUCUGACACAAAAAAUGAAACGGAAAUUUCUAAAAAUACCAAUGACGAACCAUGUAAUACAUAUUUUCUAAAACCCUUUGAUGAAUCAGAUAAUCAAUUUAUUAUGGUUUCAGAUAAUUAUGGGAAUAUAUAUGAAUUUGAAAUAACAACUGGAUUGAAAUUAUUAAAUUAUAUAUAUAUAAAAAAAAUGGCAUAUGAAAAAAAUAAUUAUAAAGAUGAACAAAAAAAAAAAAUUAACCAUGAUGAAUAUUUAAUACAAAAUAAAGAUGAAUUAUAUGAGUUUUAUAAAGAGUAUCAAAAAAAUAAUAAAACUCAUAUGAGAAAUGAUUUGCCAGUUAUGUGGGCUAAAAAUAACUUUCAACAAUUUUUAAUAAAUUUUGUUAAAAAACAUAGAAUACAUAAUGGAGCCAUAUCAUCAUUGAGUUUACAUAAAGAUGGAAAAUAUCUUUGCUCAGCAAGUUAUGAAAGAUUUAUAAAUAUAUUAAAUUUGAAAAAUAAAAAAGUUAUUAAACGAAUACAUGUAGGCCAUAUACCAACUAGCUGUUUAUUUCUUUCGAAAAUUCUUACUGAAAAUGAUAACGAAACGAAAGAUAAUAAAUCAAAUACACAAAAAGAAUUUGAGAGCUCAUCUACCGUUACUCAAUGGUCUGACGAAGAUGAAGAAGAUAAUUCCGAAAGGAAGAUUAAGAAAAGAAAAAUAAAAGAUGAUGAAGAUGAUGAGGAAGAUGCUGAAGAAGAUGAUGAGGAAGAUGAUGAGGAUGAUGAGGAGGAAGAUGAGGAAGAUGAUGAAGAGGAUGAUGAAGAUGAAGAUGAGGAAGAUGAUGAAGAGGAAGAUGAGGAAGAAGAUGAUGAGGAAGAUGAUGAGGAUGAUGAAGAUGAGGAAGAAGAAUGA